AUGGUCAAAACACUCCCCUUCGGCGAUAUUCAAGUCCCUUCACCCGGCUAUGGUGCCAUGGGCUUAAGCUUCGGCUUGGGUACCAAUCUCACCUUCGAGCAAGCGGAACCCGUCCUUUUGAAAGCGAUUGAACUAGGAUGCACCUUUUGGGACACUGCUGUCGUCUACCAAGCUGGUGUGAACGAAAAGCUUCUGGGUGAUUUCAUCCGGAAACACAAUGUCCGCGAUAAAGUGUUUAUUGCUUCGAAAUGCGGCUUUGACGUCUUUGGCGAUCGCUCCGUCACUAAUUCCCCUGCUCAUAUCAAGGAGUAUAUCGAUGGUACCAUCGAGCGACUUGGCUUCGCGCCUGACCUCUACUACCUGCACCGGAUCGAUCCUAAAACACCACUCGAGGAGUCGAUCCCUGCUCUUGAUGAGAUCCGCAAGGCCGGCAAGACCAAGUAUAUUGGUCUCUCGGAGUGUUCGGCUGCGACACUGCGCAAAGCCAACUCAAUCGCAAAGAUUGAUGCCGUGCAGGCGGAGUAUUCUGCAUUCGAGACAAUUCACGAGACUGAUGGUCUCAUCGACACAUGCAGAGAACUACAAGUAGCUUAUGUCGCCUACAGUCCGCUAGGCCAUGGUUGGCUGGUCGACGACUUCAAAUACAAGUCUCCAGAUGACUUUGCUCCGGAUGAUUUCCGCAGGAGGAGUCCCAAAUUCCAAGGCGAGAACUUCUACAAGAACCGGGCAAUCGUGGAGGAGAUCAAAAAGCUUGCUGCUCGGAAGAACUGCACUACAAGCCAAAUUGCGCUUGCGUGGGUCGCGGCGCAGGGGUUCAUUGCUAUCCCUGGUACGACGAAGGCUAGCCGACUAGAGGAGAACUGGGCGUCCAGGGAGAUUGAAUUGACCGAGGAGGAGAAGCAGGAGAUGCGGAGAAUCAUUGAUGUGGCCAAGCCCCACGGGAAUAGGUACGGGCCUGAGCAUCAGGCUCUGGUGGGACAUUAA